AUGGGAAGCGAAAAGAUAUUACAAGUCUUUGAGAUUUGGGUUGCUUACGGCGAGACGGGAGUCAUUCAAGAAGGCGUGCUUAUUGUUCCAUAUCCGUCCUCAUCCUCAUCCAUACCCGUGCCUGCAUGCACGUCAGAGUCCCCGCUAUCCUCCUCGAACCAAUUUCCGAUCCCAUAUCUAUUCCACACAACACACAAUCCCUCGUCCUCCGUCCCAUCUGCAUCCGCACCCGGACCUUCACUACCUAGCUCCGUUGGCGGUAGAUCUAGUUGGCAAGGUAACAUUCUUGCCUCUUCCCUACCUCUCUACCUCCAAAUCUGUGCUUCGAUAACUUCACGGCAUUGUAGUGCUGAAGAAGUAGAAUUAUUGAGAAAGCCAGCGGAGUGGACGAAGAUGUUAUUUUUGGAUUUGGCUCGAGAGGGCAUUUGGGUGGAAAGUAUUCUCACAGAGAGUAGAGAUAGAGACUUGGGUAGAGAGAGGGAGAGGAGGAGGGAGAGUCAGCAAGAGAGAGAUUCUAGAAGAAGAAGGAGAAGAAGUGAGACAGAGCGUGCAGGGGUAUGUGAUUCUAUGAUGUUAGGAAGACUAAGAAGAAGAUUGGGGUAUGAGGUAAGGGCAUACGAGCGGGGAGGAAGACAAAAAUGCAGCGGUGGACGUGUGAAUAGGAAUCCUGUCAGCGGAUGUAGACCCAGAAGACGAAGACAAGUUCUACGCCCUCGGAGAGCUAGGGAUGAUCGAGAAGGAAAUAAAAUUCUAAAUCCAAAGGUUUGUGCUUCCUUAUGA